CGUAGGACAUAUUAAGUACUACGUAGGAGUUAGUAUCUCCUACGUAGGAGUUGGUAUCUCCUACGUAGGACUUAAUAUCUCCUACGUAGGACAUAGUAUCUCCUACGUAGGAGUUAGUAUCUCCUACGUAGGACUUAGCAACUUGUACGUAUGUCACUGACUAAAAGACUCUCCAGCAUGCGCAGUGGAACAAUAUACUCGUGUGUACUAUUAUUUAGUAAGGAAACGUGUGUAAUUUAAAACUACACGGCAUGGAUGACUUUAUAAAAACAUAUUUUGCAUCUGGUAUGAAAUACCGUGAAAUAUUACUUUGUCUUGAAAAAAUAAAUGGGUUUAAAGUUUCUUUACGAAGCCUUAAACGGAUAUUGUCACGUAUGAAGUUAUUUAGACGCAUAAAUAAAAGUGAUGGACUUAGUGUUGCUCUCUAUGUCAUGGAAAAUGUAAUGACAUCCAGCAAACAACUUGGAUACAAGAUGAUGCAUCAGAAACUCCUUCAAGAGGGAUAUGUUGUUACACAGGAAACAGUUCGCCUGAUGAUGCAUAUUUGUGACAAAGAAGGUAUUGAACAGAGAAGGAGAACUCGUCUUCAACGUCGGAUGUACCUGAAUCUUGGACCUAAUUAUUUAUGGCAUAUUGACGGGUAUGAUAAAUUGAAACCGUACGGGCUGUGUAUCAACGGAGCUAUCGAUGGAUUUUCUCGUUUCAUAAUAUGGCUUGAGGUGCACAAAACAAACAGCGAUCCGAAGAUAAUUGCUGGUUAUUUUAUGAACGCUGUGAAACAUUUGCAAGGCUGUCCAACGCGUGCUAGGUCAGAUUAUGGCACCGAGAAUGUUUACAUUCGACAGAUGGUCAUUUUUCUUAGGGGUCAGAGAGACGAAGGGUUAACAAACAGCUGUUUUUUACAAGGAUCAAGUAACCAUAAUCAAAGAAUUGAGCGUUGGUGGGGUAUACUUCGAAAUGAAAAUGUUCAGUACUGGAUAGAUUUUUUCACAAUGCUGAAAAGUACUGGUGAUUUUAACGGAAGCUUCAUUGAUAAGGCUGUUCUGCAGUUUUGUUUCAUGGACUUAAUUCAGGAAGAACUUAACUCUAUAGUUAAACUGUGGAAUAACCAUCGUAUAAGACCAUCAAGCAAUCCAAACCAGCCAUACGGAAGACCAUUUUUGAUGUAUCAUUGUCCUGGUAUGUUCGGCUGUCAGGAUUACCUUUGUCGUACAUCUGAAGCACAGGUGAACUUGUGUCUUGAGGAAAGUAUUCAAAAGGGUAAUGUUACAUGUGACGAAACGGUGUUUGAACUGUGUACCAUCAUCAUGUCGGACCAUAAUCUAAUGCCUGCCAAAACAGCAGACGAUGCUGCACUGCUUUACCAAUUUCUCCGACGGGAAAUAUUAAACGAACUUCACCAGGACUAGGCCUAAAUGCAAGACCAACCAAUAUAAGGCGAAGUUUGUCGACGCACAGGCUACUCCGUUAUUUACAAGUUAUUUUAAACAAAUUGACCAUGUUCAUUUGUAAAACAUGAAAAUGACGUAUAACUGUUAACUGGUUGUUGUAAACAUAUUAAAUAGUGUCUUUAAAUCAAUUCAUUGUUAAUCUCAGUAUUAGCAAAGCAGGAACAAUUUCAAUGUUUAACAAUUUAAAGAACCAGUAAACGCAUCUAUUGUAACCCUUAGCUCAUGUGCGAGAAUUGAUCAAAAAGUUCAUGGAUAUUAGUUAUAUCUUUAAUAUUAACGGGCGCCAAUAUAAACAUUUAACUAGACUAUUCAAAGAAUAAGGAGGGCUAUUGUACUCAAUCCAGGCGUCGAUGUAGCCGUCGCGAGUUAUAUUUAAGAAAUGAUUUACAGCAAAACCGUGUUUCAACACUAUCUAUAUACGCCGAGCGUAAUAAUUUUACGGGGGCGUAUUACCGAGAAAAUAUUUCGUACGAUAUAAUCUGCGGAGUGUAUAGUGUUCAAACACAGCUUUGCUAUGAACUAUUUCGAUUCUAAUAUGUCUAUUGUAAAAUUUCAUUCAAAUAUGAUAGAACUGUUUCUUCGCAUAUAACUGUUUCUCCUUUUGAAAGGCUUAUUAAAAUCAUCUCUGAACAUGCCCGGAUCCAGGGCCGGACAGAUGGGGCCCAUGCCCCCGCCUCAAGUUGGCUGAGAAGUGACCUAUACUCAUCAAAGUUGCACCAUACGUUUUUAGCUCGACUAUUCGAAGAAUAGUCUAGCUAUUCUACUCACCCUGGCGUCGGCGUCGGCGUCGGCGUCGGCGUCACACCUUGGUUAAGUUUUUGCAUGCAAGUACAUACAGCUAUCAUUUAAAGGCAUAUAGCUUUGAAACUUAUUUAUUCUUUUUCUAGGUCAAUUACCAACCUCACUGGGUCAAGUUCCAUAACUCUAACAUGUAUUUUGAGCAAAUUAUGCCCCCUUUUGGACUUAGAAAAUUCUGGUUAAAGUUUUACAUGCAAGUUACUGUCUCCAAAACUAAUGCAGAUAUUGAAUUGAAACUUCACAUGUGUCUUCGGGGUUAUAAAACUAGUUGAUAGCACCAAGUCCCAUAACUCUGACCUUCAUUUUGGCCAAAUUAUGCCCCCUUUUGUACUUAGAAAAUUUUGGUUACCUGUAUGUCAAACUUUUCCAGGGGCAGACCUCCUGACCCCCAAAUCAAGUGGGGAGUAACGUACCCCUCCAUUACCUCCACAUUUAUACCUCAAAUGCACCAGAGGCCACCAUUUCAAGCCUGUAUUUUGAAAAUUUCCAGGUGGAGUGCCCCCUGACCCCCAUAAUUUGAGGGGAGUACACCCACUAAUAAAUGCACCUGAGGAUACCAUUCAUACGUGUAUUUACAAACAAGAGCUGUCCGUAAGACAGCCAAGCUCGACUAUUCGAAAUAUUGUCCCAGAAGCAGGAAAAUAUUACCCAAAAUGUUAAAUAUCAAAAGAGUUUUAAGUUCAAAAGGGGACAUAAUUUGACCAAAAUAGCAUAACAGAGUUAUGGGACUUGAUGCUAUCAACUAGUUUUAUAACCCCGAAGGCACAUGUGAAGUUUCGAUUCAAUAUCUGCAUUAGUUUUGGAGAUAGUAACUUGCAUGUAAAACUUUAACCAGAAUUUUUUAAGUCCAAAAGGGGGCAUAAUUUGCCAAAAAUACAUGUCAGAGUUAUGGGACUUGACCCAGUGAGGUUGGUAAUU